AUCGCGAUAGAGACGCAUCAGGCCACCGAGCUAACGCUGAGCAACAUGGCGGAAGAGGAGGUGGCCAAGCUGCAGAAGCACCUGGCCCUGCUCAGGCAGGAGUAUGUGAAGAUGCAGCAGAAGCUGGCUGACACAGAGAGGCGCUGUGCCGUGCUCGCUGCUCAGACCUCUGGCCAGGGCUCCUCCAGCCCUGCAGCUGCAGACACCUUUAUCAGCCGUCUGCUGGACAUCGUGGCCGACCUCUAUCAGCAGGAGCAGUACAGUGAUCUGAAAGUGAAAGUCGCGGGGGAGAAUCUCAGUGCCCAUAAGUUUGUGUUGGCAGCUCGCAGUGAUGUCUGGAGUCUGGCUAACCUGUCCUCCACCUCCGAACUGGACUUAUCUGAUUGCAAACCUGAGGUUGCCAUGGCAAUGUUGCGCUGGGCAUACACGGAUGUGUUGGAGCUCACUGAAGAUGAUGCCUUUCUAAUUGACUUAAUGAAGCUAGCCAACCGCUUCCAGCUUCAGCUGCUCAGAGAGAGGUGUGAAAAAGGCGUGAUGUCCUCAGUGAAUGUCAGGAACUGCAUACGCUUCUAUCAAACAGCUGAGGAGCUAAAUGCCACCACCCUGAUGAACUACUGUGGGGAAAUCAUUGCCAGUCACUGGGAUGACCUGAGGAAAGAAGACUUCAGCACCAUGAGCGCCCAACUACUUUACAAGAUGAUCAAAUCUAAAACAGAGUAUCCUCUCCACAAAGCCAUUAAAGUCGAGCGGGAAGAUGUGGUCUUUCUCUAUCUCAUUGAGAUGGACUCACAGUUACCUGGAAAGCUGAAUGAACUGGACAACAAUGGUGACCUGGCUCUUGACCUGGCCCUCGCUUGUAAAUUGGAGAGUAUUGCCACCACUCUGGUUAACAACAAAGCAGAUGUGGACAUGGUGGAUCAGAGUGGCUGGAGCCUCCUGCACAAGGCCAUCCAAAGAGGGGAUGAAUUUGCCUCCAUAUUCCUGAUUCGUCACUCGGCUCAGGUAAAUGCAUCCACAGUGGGGGCGGUGGAAACACCACUUCACCUCGUCUGUUCUUUCAGCCCCAAGAAGCACUCUGCAGAAGUGAUGAGCGGCAUGGCGCGGAUCGCAGAGGCUCUGCUUAAGACCGGAGCCAACCCCAACAUGCAGAACAGCAAGGGCAGAACACCGUUGCAUGAAGCUGUGGCUUCGGGGAAUGAGCCAGUGUUCAACCAGCUACUACAAUGCAAACAACUUGAUCUUGAGCUGAAGGACCACGAGGGCAGCACAGCUCUGUGGCUGGCCCUGCAGUACAUCACUGUGUCCUCGGAUCCCUCAGUUAACCCUUUUGAGGAUGACGCUCCAGUGGAGAACGGCACCUCGUUUGAUGAGAAUAGCUCUGCAGCCCAGCUCAUUCAGAGAGGAAGCGACCCAAAUGCACCUGACUCAUCCACAGAAAACUGUCUAAUGCAGAGAGCAGCGCGGGCGGGCAAUGAGGCAGCUGCACUUUUCCUUGCCACUCAUGGAGCAAAGGUCAACCAUGUCAACAAAUCGGGUGAGAGCCCGCUUCACACAGCAUGCCGCUUUGGCCUGGCGAGUCUGACAGCAGAGCUGCUGCAUCAAGGGGCCAACCCCAACCUGCAGACCCAGAAGGCCCUGCCUGACGACACUGCUGGUGUGGCCAUGCAGAGCCCCCUCCACAUGGCCAUUGCUAACAACCACCCUGAUGUGGUGUCUGUCAUCCUUGAGCAAAAAGCCAAUGCACUUCAUGCCACCAACAACCUCCAGAUCAUUCCAGACUUCAGCCUCAAAGACUCCAUGGACCAGACAGUGCUGGGCUUGGCUCUCUGGACAGGCAUGCACACCAUAGCCGCUCAGCUGCUGGGCUCAGGGGCUUCUAUCAAUGACACUAUGUCCAAUGGACAGACCCUGCUACACAUGGCCAUCCAAAGACAGGACAGCAAGAGUGCCCUCUUCCUUCUUGAACACCAGGCCGACAUUAACGUUAGGACCCAGGAGGGACAAACAGCACUACAGUUGGCCAUUAGUAACCAGCUGCCACUGGUUGUGGAUGCCAUUUGCACAAGAGGAGGGGAUAUGUCUGUGGUGGAUGACAAAGGGGACCCUCCAUUGUGGCUGGCUCUGGAGAAUGGCCUGGAAGAUAUUGCAUCCACGCUGGUCCGCCAUGGCUGUGAUGCGACAGCUUGGAGCAUAGGACCCUCUGGCUGCAAGCAGACCCUCCUGCACAGAGCUGUGGAUGAGAAUAAUGAGGUCUCUGCUUGCUUCCUCAUCCGCAGUGGUUGUGACGUGAACAGCACUAGACAGCCAGGACCUAACGGAGAAGGAGAUGAAGAAGCCCGAGAUGGACAAACACCCCUCCACCUGGCCAGCAGCUGGGGGUUGGAGGAGGUGGUACAGUGCCUUCUAGAGUUUGGAGCCAAUGUUAAUGCACAGGAUGCAGAGGGCAGGGCUCCCAUACAUGCUGCCAUUAGCAACCAGCACAACGUCAUUAUACAGCUCCUCAUUUCCCAUCCGGAAAUUCGUCUCAACGUUCGCGACCGUCAAGGAAUGACCCCCUUCGCCUGUGCCAUGACGCACAAGAACAACAAAGCAGCAGAGGCUAUUCUCAAGAGGGAGCCGGGGGCUGCUGAGCAGGUGGACAACAAGGGACGUAACUUUCUCCACGUGGCUGUGCAAAACUCUGACAUUGAGAGUGUCCUGUUCCUCAUCAGCGUCCAAGCUAAUGUCAACUCCAGGGUUCAGGACGCAGCCAAGCUCACCCCCCUGCACCUGGCCGUCCAGGCUGGAUCUGAGAUCAUUGUCCGCAACCUGCUGCUUGCUGGAGCCAAAGUAAAUGAGCUGACCAAACACAGACAGACAGCACUGCACCUGGCUGCCCAGCAGGACCUGGCCACUAUCUGCUCUGUGCUGCUGGAGAACGGAGUCGACUUUGCUGCUGAGGAUGAGAAUGGCAAUAACGCUCUGCAUCUGGCUGUGAUGCAGGGCCGCCUUAACAAUGUCAGAAGCCUUCUCACAGAGUCCAACAUUGAUGCUGAGGCCUUCAAUCUCAGGGGUCAGUCACCAAUGCACGUACUAGGCCAUUAUGGGAAAGAGAACGCCGCUGCCAUUUUUGAGUUGUUCCUGGAGUGUAUGCCUGAAUACCCUCUGGACAAACCCGACAAUGAAGGAAACACAGUACUGCUCCUGGCCUACAUGAAAGGAAAUGCAAACCUGUGCCGCGCCAUUGUGAGGGCUGGGGCGCGACUGGGCAUCAAUAAUAAUCAGGGCAUCAACAUUUUCAACUACCAAGUUGCAACCAAACAGUUGCUCUUCCGCCUUCUAGAUAUGCUGUCCAAAGAGCCCCCUUGGUGUGAUGGGUCCAACUGCUAUGAAUGUCUCGCCAAGUUUGGUGUUACAACACGGAAACAUCACUGCCGCCACUGUGGGCGUCUGUUGUGCCACAAGUGCUCUAUAAAGGAGAUCCCCAUUAUCAAGUUUGACCUGAACAAGCCGGUGAGGGUGUGUGACAUCUGCUUCGAUGUACUGACUCUGGGUGGGGUAACGUCGUAAUGCAGUGGCCUGGAUAUCCUCCACCCUCUGACGCUGGCCAUGUCUUGGCACAGUUAUUCAGGCAAACCAGGAGAAUGGACAUCGGUAGCAGAACAAACCUGGGACAAUUAUGGACCAUCAUCUUUAUACUAUACCAGUCUAUGAAAAAAUGAUUAUUGUUCUAGAGGAACUUUUCAUAUAGAAAGUGAAGCAUUGUCAUUUUGUUUCUGUUUUGAUCAAAGCAUUUUAAAGUGGAUAUAAGCCACUCUCCAGCCCGAUGAUGGUUGUUGGUUAAUUUGUUUCCCAGUCCCAAUGAUGUGUGUAAUGUUUGGCUCUUAUUAUCACAACAAAGACAUUUCAUUUCAAUGGACAUUCAAAUCAAAUAAGUUUUUGGAGGGAUUUUUCCUGUUUUCUAAUGGGAUAUCCCACCAUCAGCAGCCUUUUAUGCUUUGUGACAUGCCCAAAGGCAACCAUGCAAUGCUACAAAAUGAAUACCUACAAGAGCAAGGUUUAAAUCACUAUACCUCCAAAUAUUGCACCAUCAGCAUGUUCUGUCAUCUUACAUUGUUCACUCUUCUAAGACUUAUGUAUUAACUGGAAAAAUUUGGACAGAGGAGGAGGAUUUAAAGGGAAAGCACCUCAACUGAUUUUAUUAAGCGCGCAUUAUAACAUUAAAUUACUUGUCUAAUGAAGAUGCAAAACCAGAAAAGAAUACAAUUCAUUAUGAAAUGUUUAUUUUUCCAUGAUAAGAAUAGUCUAUCAUGUGUGUGUUUAUCGGCUCAAUUAAAAGGAAUACUUACUUUUUAAUGUGGCAAGCUUAAAAAAAAUUUAACUUUUAUAUCAAAUGAUAUAAAUGUGAGUCCCCCCAAAAAAAUCUGUAAACAUUCCUCCUCUGUUACUGAAAUGCCUGUCAUCCCUAUGUGUCAUUUUGAUUUGUAGCCUUAAAUCAUAUUUCAAAAUCAGUCACCAAAUAAUUACAUUCCAUUUUUUAUCAGCCAAGAGGUCCUCAUUGGCAUUUGUGAUCAUCGAACCCACAAUGUUGCCUCAAGUCAAGUCGUCUUAACCCACCACAUUUAACGCUUCUUGAUUUCUAAGCCUAUCGGGUGCACUUUAUCAAGAUCACAUGACAUUUCCGAUCAUUGGGGAGUAUGUGGAGCAGAGGGAUGUGGCCAAGUAAGGGGGCCUCUUUAAGUAUUGUUAAAUUGUACAGAUAAAUGUGUGAUAUUUUUGACCACUACAACUGUUUUGUACUUAAAUGCAGUUUGUGCUUGUCAUUGUGACAAACCUAAAUCUUGCCUCUGUUAAUCUUUUAUGCACAUUGUUUAAUCUUUUAUGCACAUUAUAUUGUAUCUGUAUGCUCAGAUAUCUAGCCUGUUUCUUCCUGGUGUAUCCUUUUAGAGAAAGGGAGGACAACUUUACAUAAAGGUCAUCAAAAAACAA